AAGAAGACGAUAACAACUAAGCACGGGAGCAGGGGAGGAAGUAGAGAGGACGGCGCGAGGCUUGGCCGUGCCGGCGAGUUGGGGCGUUUUUCCUGCGGUCGGAGAUGCGACCGUUGGGACCCGGGAGACAGCGCAGUUCGGCUUCGGGUUCGGGGGCGGCUCCCGCGACGGCGGCCGCCACCUGAGCAGGAUGUUUAGCUGGAACGACGAGCAGCAGCAGGUAGGGGAUGCAAUAUGGACUGAGUUCAAUGAGAGUGAGGACCAUAUUAUGCCUUAUCCUAAAGGUGCAGAAGAUAGUACGACUCGCAAGAACAAUGAAAAAGAGGUGGCUAGUAUUGAUGGCAUCACUGAACAUUCUGAAGGUGUUCAAACUGGACUUCAACGGAUGGAAAAGCAAACUGCAAAUCAGACAAGUGCACAUUUUUCAGCCACACGAAUUGACAUGGAAUCCUGGCCUGACCUUCCUUCCCUGAAUCCUACACUUGAUAGAAACUAUAGUGAUGACAACAUAACAUCCACAUAUCUGGAUUUCAGUGCUGAACCCAGUUUACAGAAAGUGACAGGAAAAGCUACAGGGCAACUAGAUGGUGAAUCAGAAGUGUUCAGUAAUGAUCAAGAAGAAAAGAGUAACAGUUUCCUUGAUUGCGACUGGGGCAAUAUUGGAGAUUUUGAUGAUUUUGACCGUCUAUUUAGCAAUAGUGACUCCAUAUUUGGUAAUGAGAUAGUUGCCAACGACAGCGAUUUUCUUUCUGCAUCUUCGAAUUUGAUGGAUAAUGCUGUGCAAUCAAUCCCAAUUCUGGUAUGUGAACAUAGAACUUUGGUUUUUUGCUGUUUUUUUCCACAUUCUUCUCACUGUGAUUUGUUUGUUUCCGUUAAAAAGCAACUACCAUUGAAUAAACAACCAUCAUGUGAUCGUGGGCCUUCUUUGCUUCUGACUAACGAAAUUUCCAGUGGUGUUACCAAACAAGAAAAUAAGGUCGAAGUGCAGAAGAGGCCAGUGAGGUCACGCAGAAAACCAGAGGAGAGAGGUAAAAGUAAAAUAUCCAGCAGUACAAGUGGCUUCUCCCAGAGCAAAGUAGAGAAUGCAUCAACCAAUUUGCAAGCUCCUAUGCAACCUGUACAGACUCCUCAAUAUGCACUGUUCCAGGAUAGCAAGAAGAUAGGACAAGUUCAGCAUGUUAAUCAGUUUAUGUUUCCUGGAUAUGGGUAUCCUGCAUAUCCAUUUCCUACAAUUCCGUUAGUGUCAAACAUUCAAGCUGAAGGCUAUCUGACAAAACCAACUGGCACAAGCUACCGAACUUUGGAAGAUUCCCCAAAACAGUCAAGUUCCAUAGAAAUGUCACAAGACAUUCCAUCAAGAGCACUGAUAAUGACACCACAAGAAAAGAUAGAAAAGCUUAGGCGCCGGCAGCAAAUGCAAGCACUGCUAGCUAUUCAGCAACAGCAGCAACAGUUUGGUCAAGAGGGUUCUGGCAGUGACACAAUGGUGUCUCAGGCAUACUCCCCUAGGAACAAAAAUCCGGAUUCCUUGGGGAGUUCAAUUGUCAUAGAUGAAAACGCAAAUAAGGUUUUUUCGCCUGAGGUGAUUCCAACUAACCAUGACCUGGUUCACAAGAGUUCUGCAAUUUCUGUUGAUCCUUUUAUAGAGGAAAAAAUAUAUUAUCAGCUACAAGAUGCUCUUGGCAAGUUGGAUACCAAAACUCGACUAUGCAUUCGAGAUAGUUUGCUUCGUUUGGCCUAUAGUGCAGCAGAGAGACAAAUUGAUGGUGAUAGGAGCAGCACUAACAAGACUAAUAAAGAUGAUGAUGAAGCUUCCGAAAAUGAUGCAUCUACUAGGAGAACAAGGUCUCCAACUAGGGAAGCAGAAACGAUCACAAAUCCAAUUGAUCGUAUAGUGGCCCAUUUGCUGUUUCAUAGACAUUGCUCCAAGGUUGCAACAGCAACAAAGGAGGAAAUCAUAUCCUCAACCCCCUUGAUACUAGAACCUGAACCGAAGGUACCCUUGGGAACUCCUAGGUUGCCAUCACAAGAUCAACGAGAUGAGCAAGAAAUUGUAUUGCCUCUGUCACAAUAACGUGAGAUUUGCUAGAAGAUGAGGUUUUACCAAAUUUGAGUAAGAUUAUUUGCAUUUAGUUAGCCUGUGAAUCUAAUGUCGUUCUUCUAAUGAGCAUACAGAUGCUGAUUUUAUCAACUGUUCAGAAUCAAAAUGAUAGCAAAUCCAAUGAUUAUGGCAAUCUGCUGAUCACCUGGGGUUCUGGAGAUCUCUUGUGUAAUAUGUAACCAUUUCAACAUUGUAGCAUCCUUUUUUUUUCAUCCUGUAAGAACAUCUCAGACUGUAUUGGAACCUACGAUUGUGUCGAGCCCUAAAAGGAGCAAACCUUGGCUCUGGACAUCAUUAUGAUUAACCUUUUUUCUCAUGCGUAACCGCCCAAUGUUUAAAGGUGGCUGCUUACUUGGGAAAAUAUUGAUGGCACAUAAA